AUGUCGACGAUAUCCUCUCCCCGUCCUUCCAUUGCCUCAUCGAGAGCCCAUUCUCCAAACACCUCGGCCCGCCCAUCACUAGAUGUCUUGAAUACCAGCGUCAGCGGGGGCCUCAGCGCCGCAUCUACCCCGUCCACCGCACGAGCACUCUCUCCCGCAUUACCGACACGACGCAACCGCAGCGCCCUCCGAGACUACUACAACCUCAAACCCACAGCAUUAGAUCCAUCAGCCGCCCGAGAUGCAUCGCGCUCCCGCAGCAUCCCGCGAAACACAGAUGCAGGCGAUAUCUCCAACCCAUCCGCUCUAGCAGGGACGGAGCUCGACAGUGCCGAUUUCGACCCGCAUCGCUAUGUGGAGCAUCUCCUUUCCUCAUCCUCACUGUCUACUGUGCUCAAGGCGGAGAACACGCUAGUUGGCGACAUUCGUACUCUGGACGGGGAGCGGAAAGCCCUGGUCUACGAUAACUACUCCAAGUUGAUCCGGGCCGUGGAGACAAUUGGCAAGAUGCGGCGGAGUAUGGAUGAUCGCGAGGCUCCGUUGACUAUGACGAAGACCUUGGGGCCGGCGAUUGCUUUCGUUGCUGAGACUGCUGGCGGACUCAUCAAAGAGGGCGAAGAGCAGCGGAAGCGCAUGAAAGAGGCCAAGCAGGACAAUGGGGAUUCGCAAAUCAAAAGCGAAAAGGACACUGUUCGGUGGGUGCUUGCUGCACCGCAGAGACUCGAGGGGCUUUUGGCGGAUGAUAAGCGCGAGGAUGCGCAGAAGGAUUGGAAGGAAAUCCAGCACUUGCUCGACGCCUGGGGCGAUGUCAAGGGUGUCUCUGAAGUUCGGGACGCUUGCGAGAAAGUGAUGGCCGGCGCUGGACACGAUGGUUGA